CCUGUAAAUCGAACUCGUUGACAUCAUCUUUCAAACGAAUGUCAAAAUUCUUGUGAGAGCAAUAAAAUUUUAAGUGACCGUGAAUAAAACCAAUAUUUGUACUGAAUAUUAUGCAAUGAAGAAAAAAUUCCAGUAUGGAUCGUAUCAAGGAUGAGUUGCAGUUUUACUCGAAAUUCACCAGGCCACUCAUUUUCAGUUUACCGGAUGCAAAAGAUAGAGUUCGAGCAGCAGGAUGGGUUAAGAAAAUCAGAGAAGAUCAGUCUGGAAACGAGAGAUUGAAAACAGAUUAUAUCAAAUUAUUACUCUUUGCAUUGCAACGCAAGAAGUUAGUAGGGAUAUUUGCAGAUGAUCCGGAUCUCUAUGAAAAGUUGGAGGAAUUUCCGCCUGAUUUUGAUCUCAAUAGCAUGGCGAGGACACUUAUCCAAACGGAACAGACAGAAAGGGUCGAGAGGAUUCGGAAGCAACUUAGAGGACAGAUUGGUGAUUAUCCUCCUUAUACCACUGAUUGUUCGUCAGAUUUUCGAGAAUAUGCAGCUGCGCAGGAUAUUCCAGGAUUCGGCGUGCAUUGCUACUACGCCAUUUCCAGGGAACCUAUAAAUUUUUGGCAACGGGCUGAUAGAGGAAUAUACCCAAAAAUUACAAAAAGUGCAGUGGAUUCAACAAGUCCGCUACCUCCAGGAGUCAGUGGAAGAACAUCAGAUCCUUCUUGUGUUUGUCCAUCUGCACCUGGAGAAGUGGAAUCAUCUUGCAAGGCAAGGGUUCAUAAGGAAAGAGAACCAUCCAGAAGAAAGCGACACAAGAAAAAACUCGGAAAGAGUCCACCUACUUCUCCUCUAGGAACAGUCCCUCCACCUGAAGAAAGGGAAUCGCCAACGUGGAGUUCUAACCUGAUGGAGGUUAGAGAGUCGAAGCCUGUCGAAGAAUCAGAUGCAAAACCUGCUAGAUCAACUGGAGCUAUUCCCAAACUACGAACGGAAAAAGAUAAAAAAAAAGCACUGAGGAGAAAGCUCAAAGGAGACGAUUCAGAUGCUGAAGAUGCUGAACUUAAAGAAAUGGAAGAUGCACUGGAAGAUUACCGUAGAGGUGAAAUCAGAUCUAGGAGGAAAAGAGCCAGAACAAGAAAAAAAGGACUUUCUGAAGAAGAAGAAGAAGAAGAAGAUGAGGAUCUAGAGGACCAGCCAUUAUUCGAAAUAAUCCAGGGAGGAGAAGAUGUAUGGGACACAUUUGAAGAUUUAGAUCAAUCUAAGUUUCAAGAAGAACUAGAUGAGGAUUCUGCUCUUUUGACAAAAUUCAAAGAUAAAUUAACAAAGAUCGAAACGAGGAGAAAACUCGCCGAAAGAAAACAACGGGUGGGAAGUGUAUCUCCAGCUGAAGCUGGCAUUCCGUUAACUACCCCCAAACCUUCUCCAAGUCCAAAACGACAGGAAUCUUCAGAAAAGAUAUAUUCAGAAGGGCCGUCUGAAAUUCCAGUGCGCGGCGAGGAGCCAUCCCGUUUACCAAAGAAAGGUCUGCCAUCUUCAAUGAAAGACCCAAAAUUGCAUAAAUUGUUCGAAGAGGCCAAAGGAAUGCCAGAUGAAGAAAAAGGUGAAAUGCCAACCGGAGGUGGAAUCCCUACCGGAACUGGACCACAAAUGCAAGCCGCUCCAGAGGCUGACAAGAAAACUCCUGCCUUCGAUGGAAAACCCAUGACUCCCAUUCUAAGGGGAUCAACACAAGCGAACGUUAUUUUCUCUGAAGCACUCGACACUUUUCAAAGUGCUGCGACUCCUAGUACCCCUCCCAUUUUCAGCAGGGAUCCGAAAAUAAGACAGCAAGCGCAAAUGCAAGAAUAUGAUGACCAUUUGUAUGAAGACAUUGAAGAAUGGAUACCGGCUCCACAGUAUUUUGCUGAUAAACAUGGUGAGAUUAUAAUUACAUCAACCUAUAUUUUUCAAAUUCACGGGGUGUAAUAUAGA